AUGCAACUGGACCCUGGUUACCGAAGCAUCAUCGACUUUUGGUCUGGAAACAAAGUGAAGAAUACCCGCCUGUCGCAAUCUACACGCACCAUCAUGGCAAAUACUAUCACAAAACAAUACACCCGCCUGCUCGCCCUCUGGCCAAAGGACGCUUUGCGCCCCAAUCUUCCAUUCACACGCGCAAUCGAGCAUCAUGGUAAACCAUUCGGCCUACAACCCAUAACUCCCGUCCCCGAAGAAGGCGCAAAACCACAGUCUCCCGCACCUACAACACCUGCCGCAUCGGCACCACCUGCGAAUCCCAAGCUCGAGCAAGGCCAAGUAAACGCAUUGUUCUCGUUACUGGAGAACCGGUAUAGCACUAAAUAUGCCCUAUCGCCGGGCGUACUAAAGCCAACGUCUGCGCCGGAGCACUACACAAGGUUGAUGGAGGAGAUUGAGCGGGCGCCCAAAAAGACGUGGUGGGAGGCCAAGCUAGACCAGUGGAAAAUGAAGAUUCGAUGGUCAUGA